AUGAACUCUCAGACAGAUCUCUACGACACAAUAAUUCUAGAGCCCCGCAAACGGGAAAUCCGCGUAAUCCACAUCGGGUCCGGGACGAACAACGAUCCUCUCAAGCUUAGCUUAUCGCGAGUUUCGCUAGACGACAACCCUGAUUAUACUGCUCUAUCCUACUGCUGGGGGCCUCAAGUUAAUCUAGAGCAGGUCGAGAUCAGUAACAGGCCAAUUCCUAUCUCCCGCCACCUUCACAAAUGCCUCGUGAGCCUUCGUCGAGAGGAUUCUCCGCUCACGCUCUGGAUCGAUGCAAUUUGCAUCAAUCAGAGCUCGAACCAAGAGAAGAACACCCAGGUCCCGCUAAUGAGAGACAUUUACAAAGGAGCUACUGAGGUUCUCAUUUGGCUUGGCGAAUCGACCGCGGGACUGGAUCGCGUUUUCAACUCAAUCCAGAGGGUGAUUGAGCACAACAUUGAAAUCGAGCCUAAAGGCAUUUCGCAGGUUGCCGAAGAGCUUUUGAAAGCUUCUCCAGACGAAACUGAACAGGCCUUCACCGAGUUUGUCAACAUACCCUGGUUUCGUCGCACAUGGAUCAUCCAAGAACUCGCACUGCCUCGACAGGACCCAAUAUUCCUUUGCGGGAAGCACCGCGCUCCUUGGACACAUGUCAAGCGCUGGUGGGAUAUCGCUAAAUCACUUAACCAAGCCGUCAUUCAACAUAGUACACUGACGCUUCCCGCGUGGAGGAAUCUUCACCACCUCCUUAACUUCCGUGUUCUCGACAAACUUGCUUUGCUACGGCAACUGUUCGGGAAUCCGAACGUCUUUAAGAACGGCCUUCGCCUUUCUGCACUGAUCUUCAUGAGCGAAGAGUCUCUGGCUACCAACCCAAGAGACAAGAUAUACGGUGUCAUGGGUCUGGCCAAUGCCAGUGCCAAUGAGAAGAUUGUGGUCGACUAUGACAAGUCUGUCGAAGAUCUCUACGAAGAAACUUCCAGAUAUCUAAUAUUUGAGGAGAGAACGCUCAGUAUUCUGUCGAAUCAGUCUGUCGAUAUAACGCGAAACUCGACUGAUGAAGAGGCUGAGGCAUAUCAUGAGUUUACUCUGACUUGGGGUCCAAACGUCAAGUCAUCUUGGAUACGCGACUUCGGAUACAUUCGCGGUGCCACACACAGACCAGACCCCUUGGUCAGGGACUUGGAUUCCCGUUGCUUGAGAUACAAUGCGUCCCUGAACACUAUUCCAACAGCAUGUCCUGACCAGAAAAAGAAUGUGCUUUCCAUUGCGGGAACGAAGGUUGGCGUAGUCAAGGAUCAUGUAAGGGCCUGGUAUGAAUAUCGAGGCAAGAUUCAGUGGUUCAGGAACACCAACGAAGCUUUCAACGUAUUUUUGCGCGCAGGCCGUCCGACUCUAGAGGUCGAAAAAGAUUUUAGUAGCGAACCUUUCAGAAACACCGAAAUGACAGCAGAUUCCGAAGUCAAGGAGGUACAUCUUGUAUACAGCCCAGAAGGCGGCCCGACGAAACCAAUCAGAGAAGCCAUCUGGAGAACAUUUGUCGGUGACAAGAGCUUGGAUACUUUGGACCAUGCCCCAGGCUACUUUGAAGUCUUCUUCGAAGGCCUUUUGGAUGCAGAAAGGGGGAACCCAAGCCCAAAGAUCUCAGUGUCAGACGAUGCGCUUCCCCCUGGCAGUGAUGUGAUUGAACAUUGGCAAUCAUUCUUGCAUAGGGUGCAUAUGAUGAUAUAUCGUCGAGCCGCCUUUUCUACAGAGAACGGGUGGAUUGGACUCGGGCCUGACAUGAUGCGCAAUGGAGACGUUGUUGUUUUACUUUCGGGAGGAGAUGUACCUUUUGUAUUGCGGCCUACACAGGACGGUCAUACCUUGAUUGGGGAGUGCUAUGUCGAAGGCAUGAUGUAUGGAGAGAUGCUCAAGGCUCAACUGGAGACACGAGCAGCCAGCGAGCCAAACUCGAUUAGAGGCGAAAUGUUCCACAUUCGUUGA